AUGGAGUUGCCGCCCUGCCGCGUGAGCUCCAAGAUGGCCGCCGGAGGAAAGCUUGAAGCAAAGCAUUCACAGAGAGAGGACCGCAUAGCCCAAGCCUUUGAGCUAUUCUGGACACAGCUUUGGAGCUUGGUCUGCCCUCAAGCGGAGACACCGGCGCUGACAGGUGAGGCGUCAACAGGCCCUUCCAGAUGCCACACCGCAAAGCGACCCAUCAAACGAGGCCUGAACAAGGCACCAACAGAGCGGCGGCAAAGGAAGGGAAAGCAAAAGGCUCAUGCCCGCCAAAAGCCCCGACCACCACGGAGGCACCUAGCCUGUAAACUCCGCCGGGAAACAGCGCAGCAUCCAACAAAGAGAACGCACCCACAAAGCCGAAAAUCGCCCGGGAGACAAAACUCUCAAGCAAAGCCCAGGCCCCCAGGACGAAUCAGCACGCACCAGCGAACACCAACUACAUGGCACCUGUCGCCGGACGGACCACAGGCAGCCCUGCAUAAACUGUCUUCACAUGGAACCCCACAGCCCAGCAGGGGCAUAGGUUGA